AUUUUCUGCAAGAAAAGUUAAAGCUGCGUGUCACUUUCCUCAGUUUUGAUAACAUUUAUGCAAUUUAUUAUUCUUAAUGGCAUAAAGAUGUAACUCCGAGGACAAUAUAACUUUGCGUAUUGCGGUGACUCAGUGCAUAUGUUUUUAUUAUUCACCAAAUCAUCAAAAACGGUCACCAACAACACGACAGUAAUACCAAUUGAAGUAAAAAAGGAUUUAUUCUACCAUGAAAAAUCGGCCCACAGGAAACGGUAAUGGAGUUUCAGAGUGGGAAGCCAAUGUUACUUUCGAUGCUGAUGAUCCAGAUUUCUGUAGCGCAUCAUCUGGCGUUGAAAAUGCUCUUAGCACAAGGACAGACACUCUAAUAGCCCAUCCACUUAUCGUAGAAUAUACAGACAACUCCAGCAAGUUAAAUUCACUGAAUAUGAAAGCUCCUACUACAAUGUCUUUAGCAAGUGUUCAAGGACCUCAAUUCACCGAUAUCUGCAGCCCAUUGGGACGCAGCAGUAUAAGCAUGUCUUCAUCAUUAUCCGAUUUGGUGGGUAGUCCGUUGGAAAUUUCGGUAGAUAAUGUUCUUACUAUUGAGGAACUGCGUCAGCACAUGGGCUCGUGUUUUACAUGUGGCGUAUCUUGGACCGAUGAUCAUGUUUCCCUCGACUGCAGUGAAUGUGGAGGCUACAGCUUAGAGCGUCCGUGCCCUCUAUGUGACGGCCAAUGCGGUGUGCUGUGGAAGCGUGAUUUCACAAUGUCGCAUGCCUAUAGCAAAGCUCGAUGGCAUGGUGUGUGUCCCAGCUAUCAGGAGGCAAUGGCACAUUUUAAUCCCCUCGAAUCUGCUGCUACCGUCACAUCCUCCGCUGCAUCAUCGACUUGUGCUAACGCCGCUACACAUAUGCGCUUGGCACAGGAGCUGUGUCUGCGUUUGGAAGAACUUUCAGCAAGUGCUCAUACGUGAUUGUAAGUCGUGAUGAUGAGUCGAGCAGCGGCCUAAAAGUUCCUUAUUUUCAUCGCUGAAGCAUUUUCAUCUGAACGGAAGAAAUUAGUUAUGAUUAAUUUCUCACUGUUUACUGAUCAACUGGAGAUUGAUUUAGUUUUCGACUUUCCUUAUAAAACUCUCAUAUUUGGAGUAAUAUUUCACUUUGACAUAAAGAAAAUUUUGCAAUUUAGCUGCAAAGCCUGCCUCAUGUCAGACUUCAGAAUUUAUAUUAAA